CAACACGCUACAUCUCAUAAAAGUCAUACAUCAUGGCGCCUCUCAUCACCAACGUCUACAGCGCCGACCCUUCGGCGCAUGUCUUCAAUGGCAAGAUCUACGUCUAUCCUUCUCACGACCGUGAGACCGAUAUCAAGUUCAACGACAAUGGCGAUCAGUACGACAUGGCCGAUUACCAUGUCUUCAGCACUGAGAGCCUCGACCCACCAGCUGAGGUCGUCGACCACGGUGUUGUUCUAAAGACAGAAGACAUCCCCUGGGUUUCCAAGCAACUCUGGGCUCCCGAUGCCGCUGAGAAGAACGGCAAAUUCUACCUCUACUUCCCCGCCAGAGAUAAGCAAGGAAUAUUUCGCAUCGGUGUUGCUGUUGGUGACAAGCCUGAGGGACCUUUCACUCCCGACCCAGAGCCCAUCAAGGGAAGCUACAGUAUUGACCCUGCAAGCUUCGUGGAUGAGGAUGGACAAGCGUACCUCUACUUUGGAGGUCUUUGGGGUGGGCAGUUGCAAUGCUACCAGAAGGGUAAUGAUAUCUUUGACCCCGAGUGGCAGGGUCCUAAGGAGGUCAGCGGCGAGGGUGUUCCCGCCCAAGGACCAAGAGUAGCCAAGCUCAGUGAGGACAUGCACCAAUUCGCCGAUGAAGUCAAGGAGAUCCAGAUCCUUGACCCUGAGACUGGCAAGCCCAUUCUGGGAGAUGACCAUGACCGACGUUUCUUUGAGGCUGCGUGGAUGCACAAGAGGAAUGGAAAGUACUACUUCUCGUACUCAACAGGCGACACACACUUCCUGUGCUUCGCUACUGGAGACAGCCCAUACGGACCUUUCACUUACGGUGGACGUAUUCUGGAGCCUGUGCUGGGAUGGACGACACAUCACUCCAUUGUUGAGUUCAAGGGCAAGACAUAUCUCUUCUACCACGACUGCGAGUUAAGCAAGGGUGUGGAUCACUUGAGAUCUGUCAAGGCUAAGGAGAUCUUCUAUGACGAUGGUGGCAAGAUCAUCACUACUACAGCUGAUUAA